GCCAGCUGGGAGUGCGGCGGGCCCGACCGACCUACCCGUCGGGGUUCCUGGUCUUAGGGAGGGCCUGAGCCCCCGAAAUGUGCCUCCAGAAGGGGUUUGAACCUCACGUGGAGUCUGGCUCUUUAGGGGACCGAACACUAAACGUGACCCCCAAAGCCCUGGGCCUGGAUCUCCUGUCCCAAGACACGGGUAGAAGGGGAGCCUCAGACAUUCACCAGCAAGUCACGUCACACUUGCCUCAGUUUCCAUUUCUGUAAAAGGGGAUAACACCAGUCCCUACUUCCCAGGGUGUUCAAUUCAGUCGACAUUUAUUAAGCGCCUACUGCGUGCAAGGCACGUUGCAAAAUUGAGAGAUGUUAAAGCAUACAAGGCAACAGUGAACUCAAAAACAUUGCACUUGUGGCUACAAAUACCUAUCUGGAGAGAUAUUUUUCACCACAGCAAGUCACUAAUGGGAUUUUACAGGAAGAAUUUCUUUCCACAUAUUCUUUGGAUGAAUGUUGAAAUUUCCUAAAGUCAAUAGUGACUUUUACCAAUACUUCAUAUUUUGCUUAUGGUUACAAAACACUUUGCAUACCAGAGUUCUGUCCAUUUAAUGAGAAGAUGGCAUUCCAGUUUAAUUUUACUAUAGACAGCCACCUAGAAGAUGAAUCGCCUGCCCUUGGAGAUGAGGCCUUAGGCCUGGAAUGCUCAGGAAAGACAUCAGUCUUAGAGAGUCAAAAAGGAAAAUUGAAAGAUGGAAAACGGCCCUCAAAAGAAUGUGACUUAUCCAGAGAGCCUUUGUGGGGAUGUAAAUCAUCCCCAGAAGUUAAGGCCUUUCAAGUCUGUGACAACUCACUGGUUAAAUCAGAUGAAUAUUUGGGACCAAAAGAAAAGCAGCCUUGUUUGAAAGUGGCCAGAGAACAUGAUAUCCCUAAAGAUCUAAAGAAAGCGGUAGAAAAUAAAGUGGUGGAACUUAUACCAGGUCUCCAGCAUGGACAUGUGUCAGUAGUGAAAAUGGCCUUUUUGAAAGACAACUCUUGUGGAGAAGACAUAGUAUCCAAAAGCCUUUCUUCUCACUCUGAUCUCAUCACAGGUAUCUAUGAAGGAGGUUUGAAAAUCUGGGAAUGUACCUUUGACCUUCUAGCUUAUCUAGCUGAUGAAGAGGUACACUUUGCUGGGAAAAGAGUGUUGGACCUUGGCUGUGGAGCAGGGCUUCUGGGUAUAAUUGCCUUCAAGGGAAAAGCUAAAGAAAUCCACUUUCAAGAUUAUAAUAGCACUGUAAUUGAUGAAGUAACCAUCCCAAAUGUCAUAGUGAAUUCCACUUUUGAAUAUGAAGACAAUGAAGUAAGUGAGCCAGAUUUGAAAAGGCGGAGAAACUCAAACCCAACACAAGAACUUUUGAGCAAAUGUCGAUUCUUUUCUGGGGAAUGGUUGGAGUUUUCCAAACUUGUGUUAAGCAGCAAAAAAGCUUUUGCAAAAUAUGAUAUCAUUCUUACCUCUGAGACCAUCUAUAAUCCAAGCUAUUACAGUGCCUUCCACCAAACUUUAGCUAAUCUGUUGGAUGAAAAUGGACAGGUGUUUUUAGCAAGUAAAGCACAUUAUUUUGGUGUUGGAGGUGGUGUUCAUCUCUUUCAGAAGUUUAUAGAAGAAAGGAAUGUAUUUGAAACUAGGACACUCAAAAUAAUUGAUGAAGGACUAAAGAGGAUCUUAAUUAAAAUGUCCUUUAAGCAUACCCAUUGAAAUCCAAAUUGAG